CUAGGCUUGGGCCCUUCUGCGCCUGCGCGUCUCUCUCCGGCCUUUCUCUUCCUUCGGAGCCUGAGGCGCGCCACUGUCUCGGUCUCUCUCCUCUCCGCCAUGGGCCACCAGCAGCUCUACUGGAGCCACCCGAGGAAGUUCGGGCAGGGGUCGCGCUCCUGCCGCGUGUGCUCGAACCGCCACGGCCUGAUCCGCAAGUACGGGCUCAACAUGUGCCGGCAGUGCUUCCGCCAGUACGCCAAGGACAUCGGAUUCGUCAAGUUGGAUUAAAUGCCAGUCUACAGAGACAGCGGCCAAGCCUCGGUUGGAUGUGCAAAGCCUGAGGAAUUUCUACAGAAGAACAUCUAUGGUUGUACAUGCUCAUAUGUACAUGGGAAAUAAAUAAUAUUUUGUUCA